AUGUCAAGGAAUAUCAACCUUAGCGCCUCCACUAGACUCUCGACUAUCCAAAGACAUCUAGGUUCUUCAAAAGCUCCAUCCGGGAUCAGAGGAGUAAGCUCUAGGUCUGGGAAGGUGGAGAAACUCACAGUGUUUGGAGCGGGGUUGAUGGGGGCUGGCAUAGCUCAGGUAGGAGCUCAGAAUGGGUUCAAAGUAAUUCUUUCAGACAUUACGGAUAAAGCACUACAAAACGGUCUCAACAUCAUCUCAAAAUCUCUCUCUAGGAUCGGAAAGAAAACCCAACCAGACGACGUUGAGGGGUUCACAAAAGGUAUCAUGGACAAUAUAAGCACAACGACCGAUGCGGGUAAAGCUGUCGAAGAGGCUGAUCUCGUCGUGGAAGCCAUCAUUGAAAGUCUGAAGAUCAAACGCGAUCUCUUCGGAUAUCUCGAUACCAAAGCAAAAGCGGAAUGUAUCUUCGCAAGUAACACCUCUAGUCUUUCUAUCACUGAAAUUGCCGAAUCGUGUUCGACUGAAAGACAAAUGAGAUUCGCAGGAUUACAUUUCUUCAAUCCUGUUCCAGCUAUGAAACUAGUUGAGAUCGUUCGCACCACUCAUACCUCUGAUGAAACAUAUGAAACCCUUCGAUCUAUAACCGAACAAAUGGGUAAAUCACCAGUGACUUGUAAAGACACUCCUGGGUUCAUAGUAAAUCGAUUGUUGAUACCUUAUCUGUUGGACGCUAUUAGGAUGGUGGAGAGGGGUGACGCAACACCUGAAGAUGUAGACAAGGCUAUGGAAUUAGGAGGAGGUUAUCCGAUGGGACCUUUCAAACUACUCGAUUUCGUAGGUCUCGACACUGCAUCCUACAUCGCCCAAGGUUGGCGUGAGAAAUCUGGUUCUGGAGGUAUUUCAGAAGAAGUAGUUAAACCUAUUCCAUUAUUGGAUCAAUUGGUUAAAGAAGGUAAAAUGGGAAGAAAGUCUGGUGAAGGGUUUUAUGAUGUACGUUUUUUGUUUCUUCUCUCUCUAUCUUGCCCUUCCCAAUCCUGA